AUGUUCCAUUACCAACUACGAGACCAACUACCAGUAACAUUACCAAAGAAACUGACCUUAGACAAGGAGAUUCUCAAUUUGCGGCAAGCUGUCGACUGGCUGAAGAUAUCUCUUGUCCGAAGUGUAGCGCUGAAGCGUUCUGAGAAGCCGAUACUAUGGACACUUUCGUCGACAGCUCGUGUUUCUGCCAGUGGACUUGUACAUCGGCGGAAAAUAACACGCAGCACUGCAUUCAUACUACGCGAGGUUCGUCAAUCAUUUUUUGCACUUAAAAAGCUUGUUGCCGACGAGGGAGCCGUUCAAGCUGCUGCUGGUCCAGGGGAUGGUGAUGGGCAAGAGUUUCAGAAUGAAAGGCAGCGAGAAGUAUCUCAAGAGCUUUUCAUAGAAUUUUUUAACAGAAGCUUAGUUUGGGCGUUUCCGGUGAAAAUUCAAAAUUUGGCCGGAAGUGCCCAAUUGGGGAGAUUUAAUUAA